AGCUGCUUGAAAGAGUUGCAGGUCUGAGUUGGAAAGUUGUUCUUUGGCUCUUUGCCAUUUUCACUGGAACAUUUCUCACCUCCUCUUGCGUGAAAUUUAAUCAAGAUGAACAAGUAUCUUCUCCUUGGUUUUUCUGUUCUGAUCUUCUGCACAGUUGCUCAAGGUCUAAUAUGCAAUGUUUGCAAGUUUAAAGUCGGCCGUGUUUGCAUUCGUUCUGAUGAUCCCUGUCGAACGAACGAAGGCCAGCAGUGUGAAACAACCAAAGUUUAUACAGGCAGACUAGAGCUUUUCACGAAACAUGACUGCAGCAAAAUGACUGAACUCUGCAACAGGACCGAACAGAGGGAUGACGUUUUUGACAUGACUUACAAUCGCACUUGCUGUACUACUGACUUAUGCAAUGGGGGAAUGAUCAGCCAGCCCAGCCUCACUCUCUUUACUGGCCUCAGCUUGGCACUUGGUUGGUGGCUUACAUGCUAAUGUAUAAAUUAAAACAACAACGAUGGCAACAAUAGUGGAAGGCUAUACUCUUCUCAUCCUGAAGCAACCCUUAGGACCAAGACUCCAGUCCCCCACAUACUCAGUUCACUUCUCAUGGCUAAAGAGAAUAAAUUUGAAAACCUGGCAAUUUCACUCCCUCACUAUCUUAAUGUUGAUUCUACUGUUAUCAAGAAAAUUUUGUGUGGUGCAUUUUCUUGUGUGAACCCAUUAAUUCAUUAAUGAUUUAAGAUAUAGUGUAAAAUUAGCCAACUGAAAUGUGUUGAGCAUUUGUAGAACUGAGUUUUCCUCCCUCCGGUAAUCUUUCAGGAAGGUGUCUUGGACCUACUCUGUGAAAUUUUAACUCAGGAGCUCUGAAUGAUGGUUUAUCAAGCAGACACUAUCCUUGUUGGUUUGUUUUUGCUUUUUCAUAUCUAUAUGAGAAGACUUGGCCAGCCCUCAGUGGACUACAACAUUUGUUGUUUGUUUGUUACUUAAUAAAUGUUUGCCUUGGUAAACUGGAAGUACUGACAGCCUUGGCUAGUAUAAAUAAAAAUGAAUGUUUCAUAUUUAUACAUGUUGAUUUAAUCCAGGCAAGUGUUAAAAAUCCAACCAUUGCCUGAAGAUCAUCC